GCCGUCAACAACACCUAGGCAGACGGGAGAGGACUGCGGAAAAGGCUUCAGGUGCUCGCUGCAGCCAUGAAAGCGAUAGGAUUUCUAAGUGGCCGAUACAUUUCAUGUAUAUUUAUCGCUGUGGCACUGUCAAGCUCGCCCACUGCUGGUGAGCCGGUGAACCUUACCCUUUACUACGAAGGGUUGUGUCCCGACAGCCAGGAUUUCAUUCUUGGCCAGCUGUGGCCAACGUUCGGAAAGCUAGAAGAAUACCUCGACUUGGAUCUCCUGCCAUUCGGCAAUGCUGACAUGAAAGUCGCCAACGAAACGAUCACCUUCCGGUGCCAGCACGGUCCCGACGAGUGCCUCGUCAACGAAGUGCAAACGUGCGCCGUCAAGUAUGUGCACCCGACCAGGAAACUGCUAGAUUUCGUCGCCUGCAUGCUCCGCCAGCCCGACCCGACCCAAGCCGGUGAGCCGUGCGCACUGAAAGUGGGCACGGACUGGGCUGUCCUGGACAGGUGCAGCCGGGGACCCGAGGGUACUCAGCUCCUCUACGAAAUGGGCAAGAGGACGCGGGGGCACCAGCCUCCAAUCGAAUAUGUGCCCUACGUGGAGAUUAACGGCUAUCACAACGAGACCAUGCAAGAACAGGUGCAGGAAGACCUUUUUCGCUUCGUCUGCAAGCUCUUGGAAGCCGCGACACCUAAAGUCUGCAUGAGUGGGGCAACCGGAGGUCGCUGUUUUAGAAGUGCCGCUUUUCACUUUCCUUCCCGAAGAGCAUGAUUUUCUUGUGCUUGUUAUAACGUCGUGACAUGCCCCCCGCGAAACAAAUACCAUUAUAGCGCACUCAUCUGUAGGUCUCAAAUGUUUGAAUUGAGGGCCGCACAAAAACAUAAAAGCAGUAAAAGGAGUUGUGAUACCAAAUUAGUGUCUGUAAACGCCGAAGGAUCUUUGUCUGUGUGGGCUAAAUAAACAUUGCUCUCUUUUUCACCCCCUAAAAA